AUGGGCUCACCCGACCCAGACAAGCGUCAGAUCGAUGGGCUGGGUGGAGGCAUCAGCUCGCUUUCCAAGACUGGCGUUGUCGGUCCACCCGAUGCGACACUGGCAGCUCGUUUGCGGGCAUCGCAACACAGUUUUGCAGAUGGCGUCGACUAUGCGGACGACGAGGUGUUGGCAUCGAGCCAAGAUCAAGGCUGGGAUCUUGUCUAUAGGUUUGGCCAGGUACCUGUGGAGAGCGGCACUGAAAUUGACUGGACCAGUACGUGCGGCAAUCUGGUCUCUGCCGUUGCGCUUUUUGGGCUUCAUCAGGGGCAUGUGAAGCAGCAGAGGAUCCACGAAGCGUUUGAGCAGCUUGAGGCAAGGCCGGCAAAGGUCGGUGAUAAGUUCGCGUUCCCAGCAAGGCUGCUCGUCACUUGCUCGGGACAGGUCAUCCGUGCCAACGUGCCCGUCACUCUAUACCGCACCGACGACAACGCCGGGUGGUAUCCGGAUCUCGAGGGAGACGUCUCCAUCUCUGGCGUUCCCGGAACAGCCCCAGGCAUCCUCAUCGAAACGCCGCUCGACACAGCCUCACUCCUCCCCACGGGCAAUCAAAUCGACCACAUCACCGUCGACAGUACCUCGUAUCCUGUCACCAUCAUCAAUGCCGGUCUCCCUACCAUCUUCAUCUCCUCCUCCAGCCUCUCUCCCGUCCUUGACCCAUCGUCACUCCACACUCUAUCGCCUUCUGACUUGGACGGGAACAUCGCGCUCAUGAUGCUGCUCGACAAGCUUCGAGUCGCAUCUGCUGGCCUCACGCCGUUCCUGCAGAAGACGCUAAGCCCCUCGGCUCCCAAGAUCUGCAUCGUCCAUCCGACACCUGUUCCAGGGUACACCACGACAGGUGGCCAACACGUGGAAGCGCACCAGAUGGACGUGCUGAUCCGGGCGGUCAGCGUGGGCAAUCUGCAUCGCACCGUUCCGGCGACGUGCUUGUCCGCUCUUGCUGCAGGAAGGGCUUUCCCGUUGUCGACCAUCGAGCAGGCUGUCCAAGCGGGUUUGAGGCAGAAUGAAGAAGCAUCGGAAGGAGGCAUCGUUUCGAUACGCGUGGGCCAGCCAGCAGGUGUGUCGGAAGCAAGUGUCAAAGUCGGAAAGCCAUCGCAGGCCGACACGGAGAGAGGGCUGACACGCAUACCUGAGUCGAUAGUCUACUAUCGCACAGCGCGACGAAUCAUCGAAGGGUUUGUCGACGUUCCACGCUCCUUCGCCUAG